GCUCUGCUCUUGUGCCCAUAUCAGUUAAUCUAUAUUGGGAGCUUAUCACAUGACCAAUCACAUGACCUGUUGAUUGAUGUCUUUGUCGUUACGCUAACAGAUUCUAUCAACAUGGCUAAGGCACUAGCAAGUCUAAAUAAAAAGAGAAAGUCAAUUAGUUUUUUACCAAAGCCAAAAAUACUUCACUUUGGACGUCAAGAUGUCUUAUUGCGGCGUGACAGUACAAACAGCAAUAGAAGAGUAAAUGUCAAGACUGUGAAACAAAAGAAGAUGGGUAAAACUUCUCGUGUAGUUGUAUGUGGUAUGGCAGGAGUUGGAAAAACUGCCAUUCUUGAGCAACUGAUUUUUGGAAAUAUCACACCUUCAACAGAGUCAUACCCAACAAUUGAAGAUAUUUAUGUGGCUAAUGUAGAAACAGAACGUGGAACAAGAGAAAAGAUGCGCUUGUAUGAUACUGCAGGAUUACCCCCUUUGUCAGGACCAAAUGCUUCAUCAAAUGCAUUUCAACAACAGCAGCAGCAGCAACUCGCAAAGCAACUGUUGGGCCUCACGGAGGGUUAUGUGCUAAUAUAUGACCCUGCCAAACCUGAAUCUUUUGAAUGUUUGCUCCCAUUAAAGAGGGACAUUGACAAGAAUCGAGAUAAAAAAGAGGUAGCUACAAUUGUUCUAGCCAACCGAAUCAGGGUGUUUAACAGUAGUUUCACUGGCUCAGGAAAUGAAACUCCACCCCCAGCAAAUUUGACUGCCGCAGCUACCCUUAAUAAAGCAAAUACUUGGGCAUUGAAAGAGCAUAUAAAGCACUUUGAAGUGAAUGCAAUGGAAAGAGCAUCACUUUUGGAGCCUUUUGUGUACUUAGCAACCAAAUUAAAUCCACCCCAAAACAAAAGUUCCUUCCCACAGCUGAGUAUGGUGAGGAAAUCAAUAUCUAACCGUCCAGAAGCAGCACAAUAAGUGCAGUGUUUUGCUUAGCAAUCAUCAUCAAUUAUUAAUUAUGCAUUGCCCUUGUUCUGAAAAUUGGAAACUAUAAUGUAAUUUUUUUUUCUGUGAUAAAAGUUAUAAGGUAAAGAACUUAAUUGUUCAGAUUAGAAAUAUUUACAGUAAAAAGCCUCAAUGUGAUAAAUAAAACAUUCCUUUCAACUAAACAUGAAAAUACAUGCAUUUCUGUUGCUGAUUCAACAGCGAGACCGUUUUAACAGUGAUGAAAUAAAAAAAUCAAACCGUACUUUACUUUA